AUGUCGGAAUAUGCUUACGAACGGCAUAUCGCCGAAUUGGCUGUUCUACGUGCCUCGAUACUCACAAAAGGGGUCCAAUCCGGUGUUUCUGAGAUCUCCAAAGAAGACAACUCACCCGUCACCAUUGCAGAUUUUGCAGCACAAUGUCUUAUUAUCAAGGCCCUCUAUCAUGCUUUCCCAAAUGAUAUGUUCUUGGGAGAGGAAGAUUCGGCUACUUUGAGGGUCGAUGAGAAACUUCGGGACAAAGUGUACGAUCUUGUACUGGCUGCAGAAGAUGUGAUCAACCUACAAGAUUCGGGAAAACCUUUACCAAAGCCAGAAUCUGUGGAAGAGAUGCUGGACCUGAUAGAUCUUGGCGGCCACAAGACUGGGUGCAAGGCGGGGGGGAGGUUCUGGACAAUCGACCCGAUAGACGGAACAGCCGCAUUUCUCAAGGGUCAGCAAUAUGCCGUUUCUUUAGCUCUCAUUGAAGACGGGAGGGAGGUCAUCGGGAUAAUAGGCUGCCCAAACAUCAGCGCCGAGAUGACUAGAAUUACAGAAAAUGAGGUCGACAAGACGGGGCUGGGUAUCAUGCUCACGGCUGUCCGUGGGCAGGGCUCAGCGAUCCGCAGCAUGACCCCAACCGGCCUAGGAGAUCCCAGUCCGUUGGAAACGCUGCGACCUUUGAGCUCUAAGCAGCUUCACAUCAUUGACUGUGCCACCGCUGUGACCUGCCGUCACGAUGUUAUUGCGAAGCUAGCAGACAGGUUUGAAACCACCUUUCCCAACACGGAGAUAUGGUCAUCCCAUAUUCGAUAUGCGGCGCUGAUUGUAGGUGGCGGCGAUGUGCAUUUUUUGAUUCCUGCAGACCCAGCAACCAAGAUGCCUAUCUGGGAUCAUGCGGGCUCGCAGUUGGUUUUCACAGAGCUUGGUGGGAAGGUGACAGACUUGGAUGGGAAUGAAAUUGACUUCUGCGCAGGAAGAGACUUGAGUCGUAACAGGGGCUUGGUUGUAGCUAGGGGAGGUAUUCACGGUCGUAUUCUAGCAACAAUGAAGACAAUUUUAGUUGAGGAAAGCCGAUAG